CUUCAACUUCACGAUCACCGAAAGCCAGCUUAAGCAGAAGCUCACCAUGAGCUGGAAUACGACGCGGUUUGAACUGGGCAACAGCGCGCACGGCGACGAGUACGUCUUCGUUGAUGUUCCAGUAGAAGACAUGAACGUUGCGCCAGAGUCCAGGUACAGUAUUUCCAAAAAAGCGCUGGCUGCAUUGCGGAGGUUCGUCGACCCGCUUGUUGAAACCACGUACGAGAAACAAUACACCAUCAUCAACUUUUCGUCAGAUUGGGCCGAAGGGAUCUACAACGCGAGAGAAAAACUACCGGAAUGGAUUGACCGAUUUAGCAUCAGUUUGACGAAUGAGGUGCGACUCCACGGCGAAAUUCGGGACAAGGACCGACAUCGAUAUACCGGACGAGCGUAUGAGAUGGUGCAGGUCAUUAUGGUAGACUGGCUGUGGAUGUUGUUCCCAACAGGCCUCAUCAUUAUCAGCAUCUACUACCUCUCGCAUACCAUCAUCAGAGGCGCUCGCGACGGCAUCUCGGUGUGGAAAAGUGACUCGUUGCCAAUGCUCUUUUGUCGGAUCGAUGCCUCGAUUCUCGCAAAGGUCGGCGAUGGCAUGGAUGUGCCCAACGGACUGGAUGUAGCUGUCGGUAAUGUCAAUGUGUGUUUAUUGAGGGAAGAUGAUGGCGACUGGGUGUUCAAGCCAAUCGAGAGCGAGUCGUCGUCGUCGUCGUCGUCGUCGUCGUCGUCCGAAUCUGAUUCUGAGUGAGAAGCAUCGUGGCGGUUCUAGUCAGAAGUCAGAA